AAAAAUGGUAAACAAGGGAAAGGAAAACAGUUUCUUUUUGCUCUUGUGCAUAAUCACACACCUUUGUCGUUGCAUCGUUUGAUAAACUAUUAUUCAUUUGCUUUUUCUUUUGUUUAUUCUGUUCUUGUUAUUUUUCUUUGUUCAUUUAAAUAAUGUCGGUUGAUAUUGAAGUUGCAGAUAUUCAAAAAACUGAUAGGAAGUUCAUCUUCUCGGACCAUGAUGAAAAUUCUAAGAAGGAAGCCAAUUCUAUAGCUACUUUCUUUCUAACAGCUAUUUCAGUUUUACUGGUUAUCGUUACAUUACCAUUCUCUCUUUUUUACUGUAUAAAGGUUGUCCAAGAAUAUGAGAGAGCUGUUAUUUUUAGGUUAGGUCGUUUGCUUAAAGGUGGUGCCCGUGGGCCUGGUAUCUUUUUUGUUAUUCCCUGCAUCGAUUCAUAUACUAAAGUGGAUCUGAGAACAGUGACUUUUGAUGUACCACCUCAAGAGGUUCUGUCUAAAGAUUCAGUAACUACGACAGUUGAUGCUGUGGUUUAUUAUCGAAUCAGUAAUGCCACUGUUGCCGUUACCAAUGUUGAAGAUUAUGGACGAUCAACCCGUUUAUUGGCCGCUACAACACUCCGUAAUGUACUUGGAACCAAAAACUUAUCUGAACUUCUCAGUGAAAGAGAAUCAAUUAGCCACAUGAUUCAGAGUAGUUUAGAUGAAGCAACCGAUCCUUGGGGAGUAAAAGUCGAACGUGUUGAAGUUAAGGAUGUUCGUCUACCUCAGCAGUUACAAAGAGCCAUGGCUGCUGAAGCUGAAGCUUCUCGAGAAGCUCGUGCUAAAGUGAUUGCUGCUGAAGGAGAGCAAAAGGCUUCAAGAGCUCUGAAAGAAGCUGCCGAUGUUAUUAGCGAUGCACCUGCUGCCUUGCAAUUACGAUAUUUGCAAACUCUGGCUACUAUUGCAGCCGAGAAAAACUCAACAAUAGUAUUCCCUAUUCCAAUGGAAUUGUUUAAAGGACAUAUAACUAGCUGAUCAAGGAUGAUUAGCUGAUAGCUGCAAGAUUUGCUAGCUUGGAUUUUUUAUACACAGAAAUCAAUUUGAUAAUAAUUUAAUACUUAACUAUCUUUCUUUUAGACUAAAAUUUCAUUCGUUAUUGAAAUCAUGGUUAAUCACGGCGACUUGUGAGGGUUCUGAGAAAAAUAUAUUAAUAUCUGAUUGAUCACAUUUAUAAUCUCGAGAUAACUUGUAAGCUCUUUGAACAACUCUGAAAACCUCUCUAUAUCGCGACUUGUUUUAAUGUAAAUCAAAAUCACUUAUAAUUAACAAACAUCAACUAAUCUGGCAAUAUCAAAUAAAAAAUUCUUUAUUUUAAUCA